AUGUCAGCUCCAGGUAUCAAAUUUAACUCCAUGGCUGGAGAGUUUGUUACUCGUCGUUAUGGCAACCACUACUACUGUAAAGCAAGAAACAUCACUCUGGAGCUGACUUACCAGUACGAAGAAGUCCUCAGACACUGUGAUGUAGUUGUCAUGCCAACUCUGCCACACACUGCUACAGACUUUCCACAGACCAGAGACUCGGAAGCAGACUCCCUUAAAGCGUACCUGGAGGAAAGCACAGAUCUUCUCAUUAACACAGCAGCAGCCAGUCUCACUGGACAUCCAGCCUUGACGCUACCCCUUGGCCAGCACAGAGAUGGAAGUGCAGACAGCCUCAUGAUUGUGGGCCGCAAAUAUGAGGAGCUGACAGUACUGCAGGUUGCCAGGGCUUUGGAGAAAAUUAUUCAAGCCAGAAAUUGA